AUGUCAUCGGAAGUUAAAAAGAAAGAAAGGUAAGACUUGCUUGUUUAAGUUGAAGAUUUUCUACAUAAAUAAUAGUUCAGUGGUUAAACAUUUCAAAAAAAGAAUGAAAUUGAAGAAGAAGUGGAUGUUUUUUUAAAUUUAUUGGGAAAUGUUAAUCCAUGUGAGACUCCAUAAAAUAAAGCUUAAUUAAGUACAAUAAUUUCUUAAGGAUCAUAUGAUUCAACUUUACCAUCUUUUAGAGAAACAAAGCUAAAAUAUGUUGAUUAAUUUGUAUAAUAGAUGCUAAGAUUCUUAAGAGAAUUAAAAAAAGAGAUUUAAGGGAAUGAGUGUGCAAUUUAAUAAAUAAUAGAUUAGAUUUAUUAAUUUUAUUUGAAUUAGAUGAAUGAUAUAGAUAAACUAAUAUAAUACACUUAUGAUGUUGGAAAUAGGAAACCAAAUGUGGUUUAAUUAAAUAAUGAUUAAGAUUAAAAAGAAAUAAAAGGAACUUUAUUAGAAUAAGAACUAGAAUCUUCUUUAGUUUAAGCUCAUUAAUUGAAUGUAAUAAGUAUUUAUAUCAAGAGGAUUAAUUAAACAAUUUGCUUAAGCAAAAGUCAUCUGAAAAUUAUUAUAAAGAUAAAUAAUGUAAACAGGCAUUACAAUCAAUAGCAAUGUUAGAAUCAUAAUUAAGUUAAUUUAAGGGUUAAUUUUAGAAAUUCAAUUAAAUUGUUAGAAUAAUCAAUGGUUAAUUGAGUGAUUGUGUAAAUGGUCCAUCUUUAGAAAAUAACAAAACUAGAAUAGGAAACAAUAAAACUGCAUAUAAAACUAUAAAUUCUUAUCGAACCCAUUUUACUAAUACAACUCCAAAUAAAAAAGGGAAAUUGGAAGAUAACUAUAGAUCAAUAUCUUAGAAUUCAUAUAGAUCAAGAAGGGAAGAGGUUGAUAAAGUUUAUAAAUAGUUAUUAAAAAAUUAUUUUUGA